AUGAGCGCGGCCCUUCGUGGCGCGUUGCGGGCUCGGCGAGGGCUGCUCUUCACCUCGCUCAGUGUGGGGGCCUCCGCAACGACGCUUGGUUUGGCUGUGAGUCUGAUUUCAGGCUGUCGACGACUUUGAUAGACGUAUUUCUAAUCUCGGAUCAAGCGUCGUCUCUACUCCUCAGGCCUGGGCAGUACAGGCGUCGUACCAUGAACCGCUGCGGCUUGAGGCCCCACACGCGUUGAAGAAGGUCCCAACGGCGCUCGUAGGCGAGAAGAACAAAACCCGCGUCAUCUCGAUGGAGGAAGUGAGGACACAUCGAAGUAAGGCAGACUGUUGGGUCGUCCUGGGUGAUCAUGUCUACGAGUCAGUCCCUGUUCCCACUGGCCCAUUUUGCCCGAGCAAAGGAAACUGAACCACCCCAUAACGUACUUGUCGGCCGGCGGUCCGCUUCUGCUCGGGUUGUCAUUUCCCCCUUUCGGCUCCGAGUUUGGCUCACAACAGCGUUACGGAAUUCUUGGAGGCUCAUGCAAGUUCAAAGGAGGCGGAUCUGAUUGUCCAAUCUAUCUGUGCCUUGAGCUGACAUUCCUUGACCUCUUUCCUUCAUUGCGUACAUCAACAGCCCGGAGGAGAAGCUGUCAUCCUCAAAGCCGCCGGCACGGAUGUCACGACUUUGUUCGACAAGAUUCACCCGCCCAAGACGCUCGAGAAGAAUCGGGACCUUCUUGGAGCACCUGUUGGACUCGUCGACCCGGCAACAAGGCCCAAGGAUGAGGAGAGCGAUGAAGCAUUGCAGGAGAAGGCGAGGAUUCAGGUCAGUGAUGACGGUCUCGACGUCCCUGUUGACGCUCCCUCAUACGAAAGUACGAAUACUGAAUCGAUUCGCGCCCCUUCCUCUUGCACCUUUAGAUAGCCCGAGAAACACUACCAGCUGUCGAACUGGUCAGGGGUUUGGCCGAGAUGGAGGUGAGUGGCACAUCAGCCGGGAGGUUGCAUGUGCAUAGAAAUUGAUUGAAAAAUUGGUCUAUAACCCUACAGAGGCUCGCAAACACCUUGCUGGCUCCCCGAGCCAAGAUUUAUUACGCGGGUGGAUCUGAUGAUGAGCAAAGUAAGUGCUCUUAAGUGACCCUACUGCAAUACCUGUAGAACCGCACCGUUCAGUUUGAUUUUCCGAAUAUUCCUCCUCUAGCUUUGCGAGAUUCGUUCGCAUCCUACCAGAGGUGUCGCUUCCGACCUCGAGUCCUUGUUGAUGUUUCCGAGAUCGAUCCACGAACAACGUUGUUGAACUGCCCCUCGACAUUACCCAUCUGUCAGUCUUGCGGUCUUGGCUUUGGGGUCAGUCAAAGCUCAAGCCUGAGCAACUGACAUCGAUGCGCUCUCGCCGAAAUCAGAUAUCGCACCUGCCGCUUAUGCUCGAUUAGGACACGACCUGGGCGAGGUAUUUCGAUGAUGAGCGCGAGGUGUAUGAACUCGAUCUGAUUGAUUUCAUUCUGCCUCAACCGCAGUUCAACUUGACGAGGGGCGCUUCCAAGACGGGCAUCGUGCAAGGCAUCUCGGCGAAUGCGAGUCAAUCGUUCGAUGACAUCUUGGCAGAGAAAGCGACGAUGGAUGAAUCGGGGAGGGCACCUGUUGGGAUGGUUUACCAGGUGGGUGUACUCCACUCCUACGGAGAUUCGAUCGGCUCGCUGUACUGAUGCUUUUUUUCGAUGACUGUGGACAUUUCCUCCUCCCUUCUCCGUUCUGGCAUUGCGUUCGCUUUCAGGUCUACGUCAAUCGAGAUCGAAGACAAACGGAAGCAAUCAUGAAACAGGCGCGUGAGGGAGGUUGCAAGGCUUUCUUCUUGACUGUUGAUUCACCGACAUUGGGCAACCGAGAAGAGGAUGCGAGAGCGCAGGGGCUGGCUGGAUCCGUACGUACGUAUCUGUCCAUCCUCACUAUAGUAGUAUUCUGAUCUUUUUAAGGAUGUGUAUGUACAGAUGGAUGACCGACCGCACGACCAUCCCAACAAGUCGACGUAUUCUUACUACGACACCUCGGUCGAAUGGAAGGACGUUGCAUGGGUCAAACAGGCGGCCGGUGGACUGCCCGUCUACAUCAAAGGUGUUGCAACACAUGAGGUGCGCAGUGAAUUCGAAUCUUCCCUUUACAUAUGUCUAACAUAUGUCUGACAACGUUCAAUUGGAUGAAUGCAGGAUGUCGAGUUGGCCCGAAAGGCCGGCGUCGCGGGCGUGAUUCUCUCGAACCACGGUGGGCGUCAACUUGACAGGUAUGGCAAACCUCAACAGCCACCCACCCACCCUUCUCAAACCCGUACUGAACCCGUACUGAACCCUUCCUCUUCCGCACAAAAUCCAGCGUCCGAUCGCCCCUCGACACCCUCCUCGAAAUCCGCCGAAUAGACCCAACCCUUUUGACCGAUCUCGAAGUCUACGUAGAUGGCGGUGUACGACGAGGCACGGAUGUGCUCAAGGCUUUAUGCUUGGGUGCCAGAGGUGUGGGAUUGGGUCGACCGUUCUUGUAUGCUCAGACGGCUUAUGGGGAGGAUGGGGUGGUAAGGGCUGUGAGGAGUGAGUUACAUUUCCUUGAAGAGAGGAGAGUUCUUUCGGCCAACUCCCAAACCUCUCGAUCUCUCCAUGGAAUCCGCUCGAAGGCUGAUUCCCUCCUCUACGGUUUCAUCGAUAUAGUCAUGGAAGAAGAGAUUCUGACGGGGAUGAGGUUGUUGGGCGUCAAAAGGUUGAGCGAGUUGAGGCCCGAGUUGGUCGAAUGCUUGGAUAACCAGUAUCGGAUCCCGAAAUGA